AUUCUGGUGGAUCUUUGGAUUCUUCCCUUUUAUCACAGCCAGUUGCAAACCAAGCAAGCCACAGUCAACUUUCAAUUCUUCUCCUUCCUUUUUGAUUCUUCAACUGGAACUUGCAUGACUCUGUUUCUUCAGACAAUGAUGAAUUUCUGCUGGGUUGCUUGAGAAAAUGAUUCUUCAGGCAGGAGCUUCUUCCUGCUUCAGCUCAAUUCCACCAUGCCCAAUCUCGAGCUCCAAUCGCCAACCCUCGUCUCUAACGACUCCCAAUUUCAUCUCAAUUAGAUACAGAAAUGGUAGAAUGUGUGAGUUCCAUGACUUGCAUAAAGAGCUGGUCCCUUACGCCGACGCUUGGAAAUGGCAAAAGGACAUUGUUGCAGAGAAGAAAGCUCUGGUGGAGACCAACCACGAUUGCCCUGAUACAUUGAUUGUGCUCCAGCACCAUCCUGUCUAUACUUUGGGUAUGGGUAGUUCAUUGGAGCACCUUAAUUUCGACAUGAACGAUGCUCCACUCGAUGUAUAUCGAACUGAGAGAGGUGGAGAAGUUACGUAUCAUGGACCUGGACAGUUAGUUAUCUACCCAAUAGUUAAUCUCCGAAACCACAAGAUGGACAUCCAUUGGUACCUCAGGGCGCUCGAGGAGGUGAUCAUUCGUGUUCUCUCAUCAGCAUUCUCCAUCGAGGCUUCCCGAGUUGAUGGCUUGACUGGAGUCUGGUUUGGCGAUCAGAAACUGGCUGCGAUUGGGGUGAAGGUUUCUCGGUGGAUAGCGUACCAUGGAGUUGCACUGAACGUGACCACGGAUUUGGCGCCUUUCAAAUCGAUAGUGCCUUGUGGGAUCAAGGAUAGAAGGGUGGGAAGCAUCAAGUCAUUGCUGGGCAUAGAUGAUGAUGAUGAUACUCAGCUGAUUGAAACUGCUUAUAAGUCGUUGAUUAAGGAGUUCUCUGAGGUUUUCGAUCUCGGAAUUCAGCAAAUAGCUUCUUCCCCCAUUUUGGAGGGUUUAGAGCCUUAGCUUUCAACCGUUCCUUGUAUCAAACAUAACUUGAAGGGAAUCACUGACAGUUCAAAACUGUAAUGGUAAUUGGAAGAAAAAAAUCUGUAAUGGUACAUUAACAUAACCUGCAUUGCUCAACAUUCUUGUUAGCCAGAAAUUAACUCAUAUAAACCUCCCUGUCCCUAAACUGCAAAUGUACAACUUUUGCAGGCGGCGACGGUGGCGGCUUUUGCGAGAAUGACGGUCGAGGAUUCUAGACAUCUGUUAGCUCCUGAGUAUUACCCUUCUUGGGUCGUCUUCUCUCAGCGCCAGAAGUUGAAUUGGCUUAAUUCUCAUCUGACGAAGAUCUGGCCUUAUGUUAACGAGGCAGCGUCUGAGCUGAUAAAGAGCUCAGUUGAGCCGACUCUUGAGCAAUACAGACCCAUAAUUCUGUCAUCGCUCAAGUUCUCCAAGUUCACUCUUGGUACAGUUGCCCCUCAGUUCACAGGGGUAUCUAUUUUGGAAUCUGAUAGCAGUGGUAUUACUAUGGAGUUGGAAAUGAACUGGGAUGGCAACCCUAACAUAGUACUUGAUGUGAAGACCAGGCUGGGUGUUUCAUUGCCUGUCCAGGUCAAAGAUAUUGGAUUUACUGGGGUCUUCAGGUUGAUCUUCAGACCGCUGGUUGAAGAGCUUCCUUGCUUUGGAGCUGUUUGUUACUCAUUGAGACAAAAGAAAAAGUUUGACUUUAAGCUUAAAGUAAUUGGAGGUGACAUAACAUCUAUUCCUGGACUCUCGGGUGCUCUGGAGGAUACAAUACACAAUGCUAUUGAAGACUCCAUUACCUGGCCGGUGCGGAAAAUUGUCCCUAUCUUGCCAGGGGAUUACAGUGACUUGGAGUUGAAGCCAUCUGGUACACUAGAAGUGAAACUGGUGCAGGCCAAAGGCUUAACAAAUAAAGACUUCAUCGGGAAAUCAGAUCCCUAUGCCGAACUGUACAUUAGGCCGUUGCGUGACCGAACAAAAACGAGUAAAAUCAUUAGCAAUGAUCUGAAUCCAAUCUGGAAUGAGCACUAUGAAUUUGUUGUUGAGGAUGCAUCCACUCAACACUUGUAUGUUAAGAUUUAUGAUGAUGAGGGACUACAAGCUUCUGAGCUACUUGGAUGCGCUCAAGUUCAAUUAAGUGAGCUUGAGCCUGGUAAAGUGAAGGAUGUGUGGUUGAAGCUGGUCAAGGAUUUGGAUGUCCAAAGAGACACCAAAUACCGAGGGGAGGUGCACUUGGAGCUUCUCUACUGUCCGUAUGGUAUGGAGAAUAGCUUCACCAACCCCUUCGCCAAGAAAGUUGAAAUGACAACCUUGGAAAGGGUGCUCAAAAGUUCAGGAAACGGGAUAGCAGAUGCUGCUCAAACUGAAAGAGAAGUCUCACAGAAGAAAAGGGAGGUGAUUGUUAGAGGAGUUCUUUCUGUAACCGUGAUUUCUGCUGAAGAUUUGCCUGUGGUUGAUCUCAUGGGCAAGGCUGAUCCUUUCGUUGUUCUCACCAUGAAAAAGUCGGAUACUAAAAACAAAACCAGAGUUGUGAAUGAGAACUUGAAUCCUGAGUGGAACCAAACAUUUGACUUUGUUGUGGAGGAUGCACUGCAUGAUAUGCUCAUUGCUGAAGUUUAUGAUCAUGAUACAUUUCGCAAGGAGUAUAUUGGGAGGUGCAUCUUGACAUUGACCAGGGUCAUAUUAGAAGGAGAGUACAGAGAAUGCUUCCCACUGGAUGGUGCUAAAUCUGGAAGGCUGAAUUUGAGCCUCAAGUGGGUCCCACAACCGAUCUACCGCGAUUCCCAGUAGUAGCAGGCGACACAACCCAUAGUUUCGGUAUUCAGAAAUUCUCAUCCAUUGAUCAUAGAGCUCAGUGUAUCUCAUAGCUUGGA